UGGAGAACAUUAGCAAACUGCUACUGCUGCAUGUUUCUGAUUAAGUUAUAUAUUAAUUUCGGGUGGCAUGGCGCUGUUGUUGUUUUUGUCGUUUUAUGUUUCGUAUUAGUCGUCUUAUUGUUUAGGAAAAUGUAAUAUAUGGGCUUGACUGAAACUGAAUAAUUGUUUGCCAGACUAGUAAUAUUUGUAGCUAGGUAGCCACUACGUUGUGUAACGCGCUUAAAGCGCUCAAAUAACAUACAUUUUUGUCCCUCUAAGCGCUCCGUCAGUGUGUACAGCAAAGUUGCAAGACAAAGUGAAGCAUAUGUACGCCAGCGAACCGUAUACCGUAUGCUAGGUCGUGGUGGGGGUAGUUUCAGCCGUCUUAGCAUAGACCGAACGUCCACAAGACGAUCUGUGCCCGUAAAGCAGAUAUUUUGACAGGACUCGACGAGAGAUAUCAGAUUGGCACUCGACCUGCUGCCAAGGAAGGCCUCGCCAGAGCCAGGGGUAGGAGUGGAAAUCAGUCCUCGCUGAGGCAUGGAGUCUUGGGUUCGCUUCAACGCACAGAGCCAAGCCAAAGAGCGGCUUUUCAGGGCAACACAGUAUGCCUGCACAUUGCUAGGCUACACGUUGCUGAAGGGCGGGGCCAACAGUGAUUUGCUGACCAAGAUUAAGCAGCUGGAAGCCCAUGUGAGCCUGGUGCGGAAGUUGAUGCGCCUGGGGAACUCGGCCGAGGCUCUGGAGGCCGCCAAGCGAGCGGUGCACCUGUCUGACUGCGUGCUGCGGCUCUGCAUCACUGUGGCCCACCUCAACCGCGCCAUGUACUUCGCCUGCGACAACGUGCUGUGGGCUGGCAAGACGGGCCUGCUGCCCAAGCUGGACCAGAACAAGUGGAGCCAGAGGUCCUUCAGGUACUAUCUCUUCGCCCUCAUCCUCAACCUGACGCGCGAUGCCUACGAGGUCAAGCUGCUGAUGGACCGGGAGUCUCGGAGUGUCGGGGCGAAGGGGGCGUGGGCCAGCCCGUCCACCCCGCUCCCGGAGAACGGGGAGCUGCUGCAGAGCGCCGGCUCCCACGCCUCCUCCUCCUCCAUCUCCGCCAUCUCAGCUGGGGCCCUGUACGCCCGCCUGCACAGAGAGCUCCACCUGGUGGCCGCCGUGCUGCGCAACAACCCCCCUCUCCUGCUGGACCUGGUGAAGAACCUCUGUGACCUCUUCAUCCCGCUGGACCGGCUGGGGCUGUACCAGACGGGGCCGGGCUUCGUGGGGGCCUGCGGCCUCACCUCCUCCAUCCUUUCCCUGCUCACCCUCGUCCACCCCUGGCUCAAGCUGAAGCCCUAAACCCCCACAGCGCAGCACAGGAACUCUCGCUUUGGUUUGAUGCAGUGGGGUUCUGGUAUGUUACCGCGGGCAGGAAGGAGGAUGGACCACAGAGGAGCCGAAAAGUGUCUGCAUGGAGUGGUGUGAUGGAGGUCUCUGUAAAGCUGUGUGGUUUACAUCAGGCAUCUUCCGAUGCAGUGUGAUGGAAGUCAAAUGUAUAUAUCCGUUUUUGUUUUAUUUGGUGGAGGGAGGGGGGAAGGUCGCAGGGCUGUGGUUAAAAAGCUCACACCCUGGCAGUCCAGGGUUGGUUGUCACACCUACUUCCUUUAGACUAGAGACUAAUUCAAGGCCUGCUUGUGACAGGAACCCUCAGGAGCUUUGAAGACUAAACCAUUCAAUUCCAUUUCAUAGACCUGACCCAAAAUUAUGUAUGUUUGCUUUGGGGGGCGUCCACAUUUCUGCCCUCCACAUGCCCCCC